AUGACGCGGCAUUCACAUUUCCAGACCGGUCGCAGACCUCGAGGUUAUCCUGGCUUUCGAUUAGACGAGACUCGUGUCACCGGCCCAAUAUCCUUCCUAAAUCCCACCGCGGCGCACUAUCAACCAAUCCAACACCCAGAAGAGGCUCGUCCUCCUCCACAAAUCGAGCGUCUUUGGCGAUCUCGCGACAACAGAAAAGGCCGACAUGCCAUUCGCGUCGAUACAGAGGCAUUACCCCAUGAAACGGGGGUUACACCACCGCAAUUGACGCGGUCCUUCUCGGCGGUAGCCAAGAUCUUUCUCCAAAUGGUGACCUACGUCCCUUAUUGGGACGUGUCGUAUCUCGUCGCCAUGAGCUUCACUAUCGGAUCCGCAGUCUUCAUCGUCAAUGGAUUCUUCGUGUGGUUACCGCUCGCAGACAAGAAGACCGAGUUUCGCGGUGAGAUUGAAGUUGCCGGCGGUUGGACGGGGUUCGUCGGCGCGACAAUCUUCGAAAUCGGAGGUAUACUGCUGAUGCUUGAAGCUUUCAAUACCAACCAUACAGGAUGUUUUGGCUGGGCGCUUGAGACUGUUGUCGAGAAGUCUAUCGAGGGUGGAAUUCCUCACCAUGCAAUGAAAGAGCUCAAGCCGAAGGUCUCGCAGUGUGAGCAUCAUCAAGCGAAUCGGAAAUCAUUUCUCCGGGAGAAGCACCAUCAUCAUGCCAUCGACAAUGUCCAGUCUCAUCGGGAUGAGACUGGUUACGUUACUUCAUCGACAGAAGGCAGGACAUUCCGAUGGAUUCCGUCAAUGUCGGAAUUGCGCAAGCAUUAUUUUCAUGAAAUUGGCUUUCUAGCUUCUUUUAUAUUAUUUAUAAGCGCAACGAUUUUCUAUAUUGGUGCAAUUGUCGGCGUUCCUGGUGUCUUUAACCAUAUGAGCAAGGGACUCCUUGAUGGCCUCUACUGGGGUACCACUACUCUUGGUGGGUUGGGGUUCACUAUAAGUUCAUGGAUGUACAUGCUUGAGACGCAGUCAAAGUGGUAUCUUCCUGCUUGGCAUGUUCUGGGAUGGCACAUUGGGCUUUGGAAUUUGAUUGGCAGUAUUGGGUUUACUCUUUGUGGUGCACUGGGGCCGGCGAGUGACAACUCUGGCGCGAAUUAUCAGUCUUCGCUCGCUACAUUUUGGGGCUCGGUGGCUUUCAUGAUAGGAUCUAUGAUCCAGUGGUAUGAAAGUUUACAAAAACAUCCUGUUGAGGAAAAGUGA